GGGAGGGGAGACAAGAUUUUAAGAAAUCAGAUUUAACAUCUUAGCCCCAUAAUCCUAUAAUCAUUUGAUAGGAUUUUCUUUUUGCUUUUGUUAUUUUGGCUGCUCCUCUCUGGCCUCCCCUUUAAAUCCGCUGGAGGUCUGAAGAUGGGACAAUAGAUGUCUCCUCUGGUCUGCUUCUCUUUAGCUCCUGCCUCUCCAGCUGUCACCGCUCCCAGGCACGGAGGCGGGGCCCUGAGAGGUUUGGCCGAAGGUUGCCCUAGAAGGGGUGUGAGUGGUCUGGUCAGACAGGUGACUGUGAGCUGGGAUGCCUGAGACCUGCCCCCACUGAGUCACUGUGCUGUUGUUGUCACCAUCUUUGUUGAAGUCCCUGCUCAGCAACCCAGACCUCUGUGGAAACAGCAGCAGCUCCCAUCCUUCCAAGCUUUCAGGAGAAGCCACCGGCCUGAUGGUGAGGCGAAUGGGCUGGCGGGGGAGCAAGGGGCAGUGGGGGCAGUGGGGAGACCUGGGGCCUGGAUCAGUGCCCCUCCUCCCCACGCCACUGCCUCCUCUUCCUCCUCCUCUGUGUCGGGGGCCUCGUGGAGGGAGGGUCUCCAUCUUCUCUCUGUCUCCUGCCCCUCACACAAGAAGCUCCCAUUCCUCAGUUCCCCCUCUGGUGCUGGGGCCCCCCUGCCCAGCGGUGCAGGGCCCAGGGAUCUUUCAGCAUCGCCACAGUGCCCUCCCCACCCCAGCCACCCCCUCAACACAGGCAUGGCCUGCGACGAUACCCAGCUCUGCUCCCCCCUCCUGGGGUUCCCACUCCAUGCUACCCUUGGCAUCGGUGACGCCCCCUCCCACACACCGAUGCCCCCAGGACCCUCCUGGGCUGCGGAUAGGCCCUCUGAUCCCUGAGCAGGAUUAUGAGCGGCUGGAGGACUGUGACCCUGAUGGGUCCCAACAUUCACCCCUCCAUGAGGAGGAGCAGCAGCCCCUGCUUCACGUGCCUGAAGGGCUCCGAGGAUCCUGGCACCACAUCCAGAACCUGGACAGCUUCUUCACCAAGAUCUACAGCUACCACCAGAGGAAUGGCUUCACCUGUAUCCUGCUGGAGGACGUCUUCCAGCUGGGACAAUUCGUUUUCAUUGUUACCUUCACCACAUUCCUCCUUCACUGCGUGGAUUACAAUGUUCUCUUCGCCAACCAACCAAAUAACCAGACAAGACCUGGGCUGCUCCACAGCAAAGUGACCUUGUCUGAUGCCAUCCUGCCCUCGUCCCAGUGUGCCCAGCGGAUCCGCUCCAGCCCCCUGCUGGUCUUCCUGUUGAUCCUGGCUGUGGCCUUCUGGCUGUUCCAGCUGCUGCGCUCAGUCUGCAACCUCUUCAGCUACUGGGACAUCCAGGUGUUUUACAGGGAGGCCCUGCAUAUCCCCCCGGAGGAGCUCAGCUCGGUGCCCUGGGCGGAGGUGCAGUCCCGCCUCCUGGCGCUGCAGAGGAGCGGGGGGCUGUGCGUGCAGCCGCGGCCGCUGACCGAGCUGGACGUCCACCACCGCAUCCUGCGCUACACCAACUACCUGGUGGCGCUGGCCAAUAAGGGCCUGCUGCCGGCCCGCGGCGCGCUGCCCUGGGGAGGCAGUGUGGCCUUCCUCAGCCGCGGCCUGGCGCUCAACGUCGACCUGCUCCUCUUCCGCGGGCCCUUCUCGCUCUUCCGCGGGGGCUGGGAGCUACCCGAUGCCUACAAGCGCAGCGACCAGCGGGGCGCCCUGGCCGCGCACUGGCGGCGCACGGUGCUGCUGCUGGCCGCCGUGAACCUCGCCCUGAGCCCGCUGGUGCUGGCCUGGCAGGUGCUGCACGCCUUCUACAGCCACGUGGAGCUGCUGCGGCGCAAGCCGGGCGCGCUGGGGGCGCGCCGCUGGUCCCGCCUGGCUCGCCUGCAGCUGCGCCACUUCAAUGAGCUGCCGCACGAGCUGCGCGCGCGCCUGGCCCGCGCCUACCGCCCCGCCGCCGCCUUCCUGCGCGCCGCCGCGCCUCCGGCGCCCCUGCUCGCGCUGCUGGCCCGCCAGCUCGUUUUCUUCGCUAGCGCGCUCUUCGCUGCGCUGCUGGUGCUCACCAUCUACGACGAGGACGUGCUCGCCGUGGAGCACGUGCUCACCGCCAUGACCGUGCUCGGGGUCACCGCCACCGUGGCCAGGUCUUUCAUUCCGGAUGAGCAGUGCCAGGGUCGUUCCCCACAGCUCCUGCUGCAGGCGGCUUUGGCUCACAUGCAUUACCUUCCGGAGGAGCCCGGCCCUGCCGGCAGGGUCAGCGCUUACCGGCAGAUGGCGCGGCUGUUGCAGUACCGAGCGGUCUUGGUCCUGGAGGAGCUCCUGUCCCCUCUCCUCACCCCGAUGUUUCUGCUCUUCUGGUUUCGCCCUCGUGCCCUGGAGAUUAUUGACUUUUUUCAUCACUUCACUGUGGAUGUGGCCGGAGUUGGUGACAUCUGUUCCUUUGCCCUUAUGGAUGUGAAACGUCACGGCCACCCUCAGUGGCUCUCAGCCGGACAGACAGAGGCCUCGCUGUCUCAGUGCGCGGAGGAUGGAAAGACUGAGCUGUCCUUGAUGAGGUUCUCCCUGGUGCAUCCGCAAUGGCGCCCCCCAGGGCACAGCUCCAAGUUCCUGGGGCACCUUCGGGGCCGGCUACAACAAGAUGCAGCAUCCUGGGGCACCACCUCGGUUCGCAGCUCCCCCACCCCCGGGGUGCUCAGUGACUCCUCCUCUUCACCUCUGCCAGAGGCCUUCCUGGCCAACCUCUUGGUGCACCCCCUCUUGUCCCCACGGGACCUGAGCCCCACAGCCCCCUGCCCAGCUGCAGCCACAGCCAGCCUCCUGGCCUCCAUUUCCCACAUUGCCCAGGACCCGAGCUGUGUGUCCUCAGGAGCCACUGGGGGCCAGAAGCUGGCCCAGCUCCCAGAGCUUGCUUCUGCUGAGAUGAGUCUCCAUGCCAUCUACCUGCACCAGCUCCAUCAGCAGCAGCAGCAGGAGCUGUGGGGUGAGGCUUCAGCCUCCUCCCUGUCCAGGCCCUGGUCCAGCCCCCCGCAGACACUCUCUCCUGAUGAGGAGAAGCCAUCCUGGUCAAGUGAUGGCUCCAGUCCUGCCUCCAGCCCCAGACAGCAGUGGAGAACCCGGAGGACCCAGAAUCUGUUCCCUGGAGGGUUUCAGGAAAACACAGACACCCAGAAGGAGCCUGGCCAGGCCCCUAGCACUGACUGAGAGGGCUCCUCUGGGUUCCCUGGCUUCUCCAACCACAGGAGAUCGGACGAGGUGGAGUGAAUGACACACCGAGCCCUCUUUAGAGGCCCCCUGUGGACUAUGGGCCCAAGGAUGCUUUAGCUGGGCAGGACUUGGGGGUUAAUGAUGAACUCGCCCCAGAGUGCAGAGAAAGAGUAGAAGAGAUGCCAAACGCAUCUGGAAACAAGUCUUAAUUCCCGCGUGGAGGGCCUAAGGGAUACCUCCCAUCUAGCUGUCCUGGAGCAGUUGCCUGGGAAGCAGUCUCCAAGUAUCCUCAAGGCGGAGGGCAGGGCCAAGGUGGAGGCCAAACCAAAUAUAAGGAAAACAGUGAGGGACAGGAUCUGAGAGGCAGUGGGUUCUUCAAGCUCGCCUGGCUUUCAGCUUCCCAUGAGAUUUAUGGAUGGGGGCGAUGGGGACUUGUGAGGGGAAAGGCAGAUGUUUUUGGAGUUCAGCGUAGGUGUGAUGUCUGAGGAAGUUGGUGGACUCCUCAUCCUGUCAGAAACACGCAGUAAAGGUUGCUCAUGGCAGU